UGUGUAUAUGCUUCUGAGUCUAAAGCCAAUGUAUGCUUCUGAGUCUGUUAACCUGUCUAAAAUGCCCAAAAGAGCAGGAGGAUUGUAUGCAAAUGCAGUCCGCUAUUUCAGUAUCUUUUUGUUGAUCAUCUUGGUAUUUAGUUCAUCAAAUGGCAUGUCAAACGCACUGGAUGAUGCUUUGGAGAAACGCCAACCUGACUGCGCGCUCAGCUUCGGUGCUGUUGUAGAUUACACCUCCCUUGCCGGAAAAAAGGAGAAAGUAGCAAUGGAGAUGGCGCUUAAGGAUUUUUAUGGCCGGAGGACCAGUCUCCGGCAUUACCUGACUCUACAUGUGAGAAACUCUCGAGGAGACCCCAUCCGAGCAGCCUCUUCUGGAGAGAAAUUACACAGCAAUCUGUCACGGAUGGCAAUGGCAGUAUGGCUAUUUGUUGCGUUAGUCCUCACACAAAGUUUCACUGCCAGUCUAACAACACUGCUUACCGUUCAAAGACUUGAUCCAAUAAACGUCGACAUCAAGACACUUAUAAAGAGUGGAGCCAAAGUUGGGUGCGAUGCGAAUUCCUUUGUUGUGCAUUAUUUGGGGUCGGUCGUAGGCUUUGAUCCCAAAAACAUAGUGGAAGUCCAUGCAGAAGAUGAUUAUCCAGAGGCUCUUAAAAAGGGAGAGAUAAAAGCAGCCUUUCUUGAGGUCCCAUAUGUUAAAAUGUAUCUCGCCAAAUAUUGUGAAGGUUUCACCACUUCGGGACCAACACUCAAAGUUGGAGGCUUCGGAUUUGCUUUCGCGAGGAAUUCUCAGUAUCUACCUGAUAUUUCCAAAGCAGUUCUUAAAGUGUCUGAAACUGGAAAAUUGCAAAAGCUUGAGCAUUCUUUAACCUCAUCCCUCAAGUGCUCCGGAUCCACCGCUCAGCCUGAUGAUACUCAUGAUAGUCUUGGACUGAAUAGUUUCUGGGGCCUCUUUGUCAUCACUGGAGGAACAUCCACCAUUUCUCUCUUCAUAUUCAUCUUUCAUCAUGUUCGCCACAGAUGGUAUCAACCUUCUAGCGAAGGACAACAACAUCAUAACCCUGCCAACGAUGAGUUACUGAUGUUUGGUCCUGAAAUUCAGAACCGAAAUCAAUCAUAUUUGUAACAAAGAAGUGAGUUAACAUCACACGUUAUAGCCACUUAUAUCAUUUAGUUCAAUGCUAAAACUCUGGGUCCUCCAGAUUUAGGGAGUAAUUAAUUGUUUCUAUUAGGAUUUUUUUCUGCUUCUAGAAUUGAAUACGGGAUUGAAGUAAUAUAUAUUGUAAUAGAAAUGAUAGAUGGAUAUGAUGUUUAUGUAAAACCCCUAAUAUUAUAUAGGGUUAA